AUGAUGGAGUGGUUCCAGCAACACUACAUGAACGAGGAGCGGUUGGGUGAUGCCAGUGGAGCAGACAAUGCUGAGUCCUACAGUGACAAAGACACAGACCAAAGGAGUUCCCCAGACAUGACUAAAGCCAAAAGUUGCUUCACCCCUGAAAGCCCUGAAAUUGUUUCAGUGGAUGAGGUUGGUUAUGCAGUUCAGAAAAAUGGUGGGAGCACAGAGAGCCGUCCAGACAGCCCCAAGUACCACCCAGAGCAGAACCACCUCCUGAUAGAAGGUCCUUCUGGGACAGUUUCUUUACCUUUCAGUUUGAAAGCCAACAGACCUCCACUUGAAGUCUUGAAGAAGAUCUUCCCUAACCAAAAGCCAACUGUGCUGGAGUUGAUCCUGAAGGGGUGUGGCGGUGAUCUGGUGAGUGCUGUAGAGGUUCUCCUGUCCAGUCGGUCUUCAGUGGCCAGUGGGGAGAGAACUUCUGCGGAAUCUGAUGGUCUUGUUUUGCCCUCCAACGGGCACAUUUUUGAACACACUCUGAGUUCGUACCCUAUUUCCUCUUCCAAGUGGUCUGUGGGCUCAGCAUUUAGGGUUCCUGACACACUGAGGUUCUCUGCCGAUUCCAGUAAUGUUGUGCCAAAUCCUCUGGCUGUACCUUUGCAGCACCCUUUCCCUCAGCCACCACGCUACCCACUGAUGUUGAGGAACACUUUGGCAAGAAACCAGUCCAGCCCAUUCCUGCCCAACGACGUCACCCUGUGGAACACCAUGACGCUGCAGCAGCAGUACCAGCUGCGGUCCCAGUAUGUCAGUCCUUUCUCUAGCAACUCGGCCAGCGUUUUCCGAAGCUCGCCUGUCCUUCCUUCCCGCUCGUCAGAAGAUCCUAGGAUCUCAAUCCCUGAUGACGGGUGUCCUAUUGUGUCUAAGCAACCAAUUUACACAGAAGAUGAGUACGAUGAAAGGUCUGAUUCUUCAGACUCAAGAAUACUCAACACAUCUUCUUAGACUGACAUUCAACAAGUGAUAGCUAAGUGAUACUUGCAGUGCAGCUGAACUACUGGGCCCUAAGAGGAGGGACACGUACUCUAUGAAACCCUUGCAAUUGUAUUAAAAAAUGACUUUGCUUGGUGUAGCAAUAAAGACAUAACUUAUUUAAUUUCUUGCACUUCACUGAAUAAUGCCAAAUAGCAAUAC